CCGGCGUGCCUCGAGGCUGCCGCAAGACUGAAGGUUGUCACGUGCUGCUGGACUUUGGACCGGCAGCUCAGCCGAAUCCAUAGCUGCGUUACAAGUCAGCGCUGACUUCUUACCCAUCUGUCAGUCAGUGGCUUUGAAUUGCACCACAGAUACUUUUGCUAAAUACAUACAUACACUGCUAUACAUUCGCUUUUGCUAAAUCACCAUUCCUAUCCGUGAGUGCUUUUCCUCUCUUAUUGAGCGCCUCGGGGCAUAACGUGCAGUGCAAGGAAACAAAAAGACGGAAUGCGGAGAAAGAAGGGAAGAGUUAAGAUCUGUAACUGAGAGAAGCCCACUUUUUUUUUUUUUUUUUAGUCAGAAAGUCAAAUCGACGACUUUCCUCGCGUGGUUUGCCCCUUCUCUGCGCCUUUGUCUUUCACUCAUGCUUCUGCCUUUAUUGCCCACCUCCAUUGUGCGCCAUCCCAGGCGUAGCCUUUCUCUCGCCUCACGACAUUUUCCCGCGGUUUUUUUUUUUUUAAGAGAACCUGUUUCUUGUCUACAUAUUUUUCCCAGCGCUUUUGGAGCUGCUGGAGAUACGGCACAAUAACCUUCUCCGAUUCCUAAUUGAGAUUGUUCUUCAGUGGCAGUUUUCUUACCGUAACAUGGCUUUCAGACAGUUGUGACUCAUCCAUCAACUUGAUAUAGUCUUUAAAUGGAUUUCACAAACUCCAUGCAGAACAUGUCCUUCCAGUCAAACUAGGCUACUUAGGCAGUUGAUGUCUUACUUAGUGGAAAAUAUUUUUGUGACAAGUUCCCAAAAAUUGGAUUACUUUCUCAUGGUUAGCAAAACAAAAUGAAUGAUGUUAGACGUCAGUCACUGUUCUUCAGCAGUAUGCCUGACCUGCAGAAGCUUUAUGCUGUGAAGAUUACAUUGAGUUCUCAACUGGCAGCAACUGAAAUUAGAACAGAACAAUGGAAGAUGUGCAAGCAACUCCUGCUGCUGUGUCAAAGUAUCAUUUCUUCACCUGUUCCUGGAACACUGAAUCAAAUUUCAGUUAUUAUGACGAUAUCCUUUUACAAAUCAGGAACAUUUCAAGCUUAUAUAGAUAAACAUGGAGCUACAGUAGGAAUGCCGGAAAGAGUUACCCCAACUAUCUUUCAAGUCUGCCUUUCUUAUACUCUUAGAGCCAAACUUGCCCCUAACUGGAACCAAGCGGGUCACUUGUUGAUACAAGGGAGAAAUUUUUUGUCACAGAUGGGAAAGCAAAAUGCAGUUGUUGUGGAUAUCAGUGUAUCAGAAACUCAACUUUGCAUCAGUGUGGAAAUAUGCAGGAUAUAUUUACCACCACCUGAGCUUGAAGAUUUUGAUAUUUCAACAAACAUCAUAAAGAACUUUAACAAUGAUACUACUGCAGUCAUUUCAGAAUAUUCUAUUUUAAGUAAUUGGUGUUAUGUUUUACCAAGUAUGAAAAUGGGUCAGAUAAUGAGUAUCAGUCAUUUAAUUCCACCUGAUUCUCCAUUUCAUUCAUACAGUGAUCUACAGCUACAUUGGAAAAAUCUAUAUGGCUACCUUCUGCCAGAGGAUUCACAGACGUAUUUCAGCAUUUAUUUCAAACUAAUAGGAGAACAAUUCUUUACAUAUCCUUCCAGUUGCAUCAGAAGUCAGCCCAUACAGUACUUUCCUAGAGCGGAUUUAGAAACAAUUUUAGAUUCUUUUGUUACUGAUCUGAAUACUGUCAUUCCUCAUAUAUGUGGAUUUCCUUUUAAGGUGACACAGAAAGCAAUGUGUACUACAAACAAUUUUAUAUCAGCAUCUGUUCAGAAAGUAAACUCUAAACCAGCCAACCUUACUGUAGAAAGGAACUGCAAGGUACCUUUGACUCAAGUAGUUCCAAAGAAAGGAUAUACUUCUGCAGAUGAUGAGCAUGGUGGAGUAGGAAACAAAAACAAUAUUGGACAACAGUGGAAAACCUCAGAAAAUUCUGGUUCAACAUUGAAAUCAAAUGACGCCAAGAGGAUCAUACCCAUUUUCAGAGGAAAGUUAUUGCAAAUGGAUAGGCAGUUCACUAAAAGAAUCAAUGAAAAGAAAAGAAAAAAUGUUUCAAAAGAUUUAUCAAAACUAGUAACAGAUCAUGCAAUUGCUAAAUCAGCUGUAUUCAGCCCAAAUGCAGAUCAGAUUAACAAAUCACUACCUGAUACAUCAUUUCAAAAUGUUACAAAUAAAAGCGUUUCUCAGAAGAUGAGAAAAAAUAUUAGAGCUAACAAAUUUGUAUUAAAAGAAGAAAAUAAAGAUGUUGGUUAUCUGUUAAACUUCCCUUUACCUAAUGGAACAGUUUUAACCAAACAUUCCAAUAAAACCAAAGCUACAAAGCUACAUUUUUCUUUGAUAUCUGCUGAUAACCAAUCAAAGCAUCAUACAGCAAGCAUCUGUCAGCUUUUGAAUAAACCUGCACAUCUCAGUGCAGGUCAGAAUCUUCUGAGGUCGAAGAAAACUGAUGAAAUAGCUGAAGGAGCUCUCAGAGUAUUUCAGAAUCAGAUACAAAAUCCAAUGAAGGAAACAAAAACAAAUGCUUACAGAUUAACCGGUUCAGGAUUUGAAGGGCUGACAACAUCCAAUAAAUCCAAAAGAAAAAGAGAUUGGAAAGAAUCAGUGUCCUAUCAAGACAUCACUAAGACCUUAAGACCUCAUCUGCAGGAAAAAGAACGAAGUUAUGCAAAACCUAAGAAAUCAAGAACCAGUAAAUCAUCAAAGUAGAAAAAAGAUGCAAGAGAGAAAAUAAACAGCAGGUUUGUCAAAACUAAACCAUGAAAGGGUGGUGCUGUUUUCAUUUAAGACUUGAAGUAUUUAAUUCAUAUUGUGCUUUUCCUGUUUCAUGAUUGAAUAAUUUAUGAUUAGAAAAUGGCGAAUUUCCAAUUUUUUUCCCACAGCAGUCAAGAAACCAUACACAUUAAAACAGACAAAUAAGUCUCCAAUUCGUGGAUAGAAUCCAAGUCAUACAACAUAUCUUCUAUGUGUAAAUUAGAAUUACUGAUUAAAUUUCUAAGCUGCCAAUAACAGAUAUUCUCUGAGCAAGUAAUACAUAUGCUUAUAAAUUAUUUGCAUUGAAAAUAAUGGAAACAGUAAGACAAUAACCUCCAGUAUAACUCUUAUAUUCUGAAUGUAUAAUUAGUUUGACCAAACGGACUGCUAUUGUUCAUAUGCAAUGCUAACUGUAGUUUAGUUCUACAUCCCAGCAGAAAGAAAACCAUGAAGUGCUUGGUGCAGAUAUACAAUUCUAAUUCUCUGCAUUAAGAGGAAGAAUGAAAUAGGAUUCUGGUUUACUUUAUUUAAAUCCUGGCUUAUCAUUAAAUUUAAACCAGGAAUUAUAAUUAUAAUAAAAUUGUAAACACAUUGGUGAUCUGCCAACCCCUAUCUAAGGCAGUAAUGACAGGAAAAUGUGAAGGACUGCAGGUGCAAAAAGAAUUUUCCACUUUCACUCUAAAGUAUAUAUUCAAUCGUCCUUACAUGUCAUGAAUUGUGGUUUAUUUACUAUUUCCUAAUGGGAUUUUAAAAAACUCCAAUAUUUGUUCACUCAACAAAAGUAUUUUGAAAUAGUGUUUUUGUUCUUGCUGUUGUUUAAAACAUAAACUUUUGUUAAAAACAUGAAUUUAAUUCUUGAUACUUUCUUUAAAAGUUAUCAUUCAGACUGUUUUUAUCAAUUUCUUCUCUUAUAUUUCCUCUGUCCUGUAAAGACGCCAUACUUCUCUUCUACAGAAAAAAAAAAUAUUUUUAUGUGAUUAUAAAUCAAAAUACACACUUCUCUUCAAAAGUUGUUACAUAAUUAUUGUAGUUGAUUUGUUCCUCUGAAAAGUAAUAAAAGAACAUUCUUGCGUA